AUUUUCUUCUUCUUCUUCUCUAACAGUUUCUCAAUUGACUACUUCUAGUAUCUACUCUCCUCCGGCCGAAGAGCAGAGACGGCGAAAUGGCGCUAUGGAUGGAAGCAGGAUCAGAACCCAAGACGGAAAGCGAGCUCGCCGACCUCGAAGCCAUAUCCGCCCUCAGAGAAUCUGCUGCCCUCGAACUUAAGGAGAAGGGAAACGAGUAUGUGAAAAUGGGCAAAAGCCAUUACUCCGAUGCCAUCGAUUGUUACACCAGGGCUAUCAACCAGAAAGCUCUGAACGACCAGGAGAGUUCUGUUUUGUUUGCAAAUAGAGCCCAUGUCAAUUUGCUCCUCGGAAACUACCGCCGUGCACUCACUGACGCUCAGGACGCCAUUAGACUCUCCCCAGGGAAUGUAAAGGCCUAUUAUCGAGCUGCCAAGGCUGCUGUGUCGCUCAAUUUGUUGAAUGAGGCAAAAUCGUUUUGUGAGAGUGCACUUGAGAGAGACCCAGAUAACCAGGAGAUGAAGAAGCUUGCAAAGCAGAUUAAUUUGAAGAAGACGGAGCAGGAGGAGCAUGAGGCCAAAGUUUCUAAGGCAGUGGCAGAGGCUAAGGACCUUAUUACUGCAAUUGAAGAUAGACAGUUGAAGAUGGGGAAGGCAAUGUACAGGGAACUCACUGGAUUGAAGAAGCCUGUGUUGGAUAAAAAUAGGAUACUGCACUGGCCAGUCCUGCUACUGUAUGCAGAGGUCAUGUCAAGUGACUUCAUAGAGGACUUCUGUGAAACAGACAUGUUUUCAGCCCAUCUUGAUAUCAUAUCCUUGUUCAUAGAGUUCCUUCUUUAUUAAUUUUGCACAUGUUUCAUAAUGUGUGUAGACUUAUGUGAAUUCGAGUUAUUUCCUUAGCUUCAAACAUGUUUUCAGAAAGUUGUCCACCUUUGCCAUGGGAUAAAGAAAACAAUUACACCCGUGAAGCCAUUGAACUAUAUUAUGAGGCUGGUUCUGGAGUUCGUCUGUCAAAAAAUAAAAUUCUCCACUAUCUUCUAGAGGGAACUGCUGGUUAUAAUGUGGAAAGUAUUGGAGAUGAAGAUAAAGAUGUUUCUAAUGUUUCUACUUACAGCAAUUCUGCAGGAUCUUCUAAUUGGAUCAAAGUAAAUGAGAAAAGGACACUUCAUGAUGUCUUGAAAGAACCAGACUAUAUUAUUCCAAUGAUUCCAGCCAAGUCCUUGACCUUGCAACGAUUUUGUUAAAAGUCUAGUGUUUUGCAGUCUCCAUUGGAUGGAGGGACCCUCCCUCAUUACCAAGGGCUUUCCUUAAUCCAUUGAUUAUUGUUUUGCAGUUUGGUACAAUCUAAACUGCAGCAUACUUUUUUAUUUUGUUAAUGUAGUCUUUUAACUUUCCCAUUCAUUUGGUCGAAACGCAAUUGACUUGAAAUAAAAAUUCCUAUUGGGA